AUGGCUCACCAAAAUGCACAUAUAAUUAUGCACCUCGCACAGCAGAUCCAGCGCCUCACUUACAAGGACACAUUUAUGAGAAAUCAGUACUAUGUCCUUGCAAGAAUAGUUUGCGACCCCUCUCCCCAGAACUCGUACUCCAAGCUUGUUCAAAUCAUGCAUAAAAUUGCCGCAUAUAAUAUUCGGCAUUAUGCUUCUGCCUUAGAAGCAGAAGAAGUCAGAGUGCUGAUUAUAAACAUGUGCCUCGAGAUGGUCCCGUGGGAGAAGAGAUCAUUGUUUAAGACGUUUGUGGAGCAGAUGGAGCAUCUGCAUGAGUUGAGGGUAGAGGUAAUUGAGGAGUUGAUUAGGCUCAAGUUUGACAUGGAUGUGGAGCUGCAUUUAGGUAAGUGCGAUGGCUGUGAGGAAUGUGAGGAACUUGGAGAAGAGUGA